UUUGAGUCCUCGAAGGAAGUGCAUGCUUCUUACUUCAAGGAAAAUAUUAGGAGCAUUAUUAAUUGUUGACUAAAUUAAUCAUAAAUUCUGUGUAAUCCGUUUUAAUAUAUUAGGAUGGCUUCAGCUACUUUAGUCCAACCUUCCGGUGAAUUGUGGAAGAAGAUAAGAGUUGAACUGAACGAGAACGUGAACACUCGUGAUCAGGACCUCGCAUCAAUUAAAGAGUGGCUUCGAAAACAACCACAUCUACCUGACGAAUGGGAUGAUGACAGAAUGAUGACUUUCUUACGCGGCUGCAGCUUCUCUCUAGAGAAAUGUAAACGCAAGUUGGACAUGUACUUUACUAUGCGCACCGCCUGUCCCGAGUUCUUCACCAAUAGAGACAUCACCAGACCAGAUCUUAAUAGUUUGAUGAACAGACUGUAUGCAACACCGCUACCAGGCUUGACACCGAAUGGCCGUCGCGUCAGCGUCGCUAGAGGUAUCGACAAAAACCUGGAUACGAGUGAGCUGUGCAACUUGUUCAAAAUCGGCUUGAUGAUCGGCGAUGUGCGACUGCGGGAAGAAGAACAAGGCGUAGGCGGGGACGUAUACAUUUUGGAUGCCGCUGUGUUGACCCCCAAGCACCUCGCCAAACUUUCCCCUGCGCUUGUUAAGAAGUUCCUCAUAUGUGUACAGGAGGCGUAUCCGGUCAAGUUGAAGGAGGUGCAUGUGGUGAACGCAUCACCGAUCGUCGACAAACUUGUCACCAUUAUCAAACCUUUCCUCAAAGAGAAAAUUAAAAACAGGAUAUUCAUCCACACUGAUUUGAACACACUAUACGAGUACGUGCCGAAAGAUAUGCUCCCUACGGAAUAUGGAGGGCAUUGCGGACCGCUCAAAGAAAUUAAUGAUGCAUGGAUGAAGAAACUAGAAGAUUACACAGAAUGGUUUAAGAAGCAAGAAUCUAUCAAAGCCAAUGAAUCUCUCAGACCCGGCAAACCUACGAAUUACGAUGAGAUAUUCGGAAUUGACGGUUCUUUCCGUCAACUGUCUAUUGAUUGAGACCAUGUUUAUAAAUAAGUCACUGUAUUAAGUCAUAUCACUUUUAAAAGAUACUUUUUUAACAUUAAAUAAUCAGUUUUAUUUUAACUUUGAAUGUAUUAACUUAUUACUUCUACGUCUACGCAAACAAGCUCAAUUUGGUUAGUGGCAUUAACUUUAAGAAAGUCGUUUUCGUAAACCCUUAGUCAUUCAGUCACUGAGUACUUUAAAUAUAUUUUUGUUAGCUUAAUUUUAACGUAACAUAAUUUUGGUGACAGAUUAAAAACUAUAUGUUGAAGUAUUGAAGAUAAAUUGUUUUGAGCGCCUGUGAUUAACGGAAAAGCAAAUCUUCGAUGGUGCAUAAUAAUUUAAAUUAAACACAUGU